AUGGAUCAAACCUUCUCAAUACAGCCCAUUGGCCGGUUCGCCCGCCAGAGCGAGCCGGAGUUUGCAUGCUUCUCAUACGACGAUGAGCAUAAGUACCACUACGGGGAUCGGUCCUUGAGAUGGUAUUAUACACCACAGCUGGGGGCGGAUCUAUCUCAGGGCUUCGAGACGUUCGUCAAGCACGACGACAGCGUCGCCGAGCACCUGGAUAGUCUGCUGAGGACCAUAAUGCACCACGAACAGGAAACCAAGAAGAAGAUCGAUGCCAACGUCGUGACGUGGCGUGGAGUUCUCACCAAAAUAAUGUCAAGCCCAUUCGACGACCGUGACGGGUUCGAGCUAAACGCUACAUUAUACCAAGACUGCAUCUUCAUCGAGGAGAACCACGCGUACCGAAUGCGCUCGCAGGCCGAACAGGCGGCCCAGCCGUGGCGUGGGCCGAUCCCCCAGGAGGUCAUGCAGUUCUGGGGGUACAAGUUCGAGACGCUGGCGACGCUGCCCGCCCCGUGGGGCGAGACCAGCCGCGAGUACAUAGAGGGUCGCGAGCGUGAGGUCGUCAACAACAAGGCGCAGUACUGCUCCGUGGUCCGGACCGGCCUGGGCAAGACGGUGCUGUGCCUCGGCGGCGAGGUCGAUGCUGUCUGGGACUCCAAGCCCCCCAAGGCCGGCGACCCCAUCAACUGGGUGGAGCUCAAGACGUCGGCCGAGAUGCGCAACGACCGCGACCGCGACAACUUCGAGCGCAAGCUGCUCAAGUUCUGGAUCCAGUCGUUCCUGCUGGGCGUGCCCCGGAUCAUCGUCGGCUUCCGCUCGCGCGACGGCAUCCUGCAGCGGGUCGAGGACAUGGACGUGGCCUCGAUCCCGGACACGGUCGCGCGGCGCGGAAGGCAGUGGGACGGCAACAUUUGCACCAACUUCGCGGCUUCUUUUCUCGAGUGGCUGAGGACCAAGAUCGACGACGAGGGCGUAUGGAGGAUCCGCCGGCGUGCGAGGGACACCCACAUUGAGGUGUACAAGACGAAUGAGACAACGGGUCACGGGCGGAUACUAACCGACGAGUUCAUCAAUCACCGCAUCAAGCUCGCCCUGCCACCCGCCCCGGAUGAUGAUGACGGCGCGGAUCCGUCUUGA